AUCUACAUCCUAAGUACGAACGGUUGCGGCAGAACCGGAACGCAAUUGAGGCAUUCGCCACAAUCCGCUAUAUGACGCAGAGCUUGAAAGCCUUGAACGUUAACGUUAAACCUGGUGAUUUGAACUUGAAAGCUCGAAGAACGUUGGGCGUCAUGGCAGACGCGACUCGGACGCGGUCCACGUGGACGUGCUAUAUCUCCCCAGUGUGGCCUUCAGCUGUGCGAUACUUCUCUUCUUUCUUGAUCAUGACCUCCACUGCGUCUCCUAAAUAUCGGCUCCUGGCACUAUCAACAUAUCGCUCAACAUCGAAUGCCCGUUUGAAAUCUCUGUACUCAGACUUUCUUCGGCAGAAGCAUUCGAAUCCGACGUCAUACACUUCUAAUCUCGAGUGGUGGCGACAGACUCUCGAAGCUGUUGUUUCGAAUGGUUUACAAGUCUCAGAUCAGGCCGUACCCGACAGACUUAUCCUACAUGCUGACCGAGCUUCACUGGUGGACUUGUUCCGAGUGGAGGGUGUUGGUAAACCGCUCAGUUUAGCCGGGGUAGUCGCGGACCUUACGGAGAACAAGGUGUACUACCCACUGUCACAAUUCCUGAGUAGCACACAAUCAAUAUACGAUCCCGGUUGGCUGCCUUAUCGUAUUGCGUCCUUCAUUGUGGGCAAACCUCUUUGGUGGGCUCUUCAGCAACUCAAUAUCUUGUCUGAUGACACCGCCGGUGGCCACGAGAGUGACGCUGAACGUUGGAAGAAGGUGAAAGGCGAUUACGUAGUGCGAAGUCUGGUUGAACGAGCUGCAUCAAACAUCCUAGACAAGCAGCAGAAUACAACGGGCCUUUCACUGGCCGAUACACUCUAUUCAUUUGAUUCCUUCAAGCGGACAUUUGCAUCGUCUGCAAUAGACGAUGGGAUGCUCUCUGAUCUCGACCUAAAAGUUGUUCUUAAAUACCUGGAACGAGAUAAGAAAGCCGUGGUUGUUCAAGGCGACAUCAUCAAGUUCAUAGAGGGCGGGGAUAUGACUGUGCCCGAGAUCACGGCCGUUGAUACCGGUGUUCUUGAACUCAAGACAGGCGUGGAGAACCUGCACUCACUGAUAGACCAUCUGCAGGGCCGUAUCGAACAAGAAAUGGAUAAGGUAUCAUAUGCCUUGCGACGCAAGCAGAAGGAAGUGGCACUAAGUCACUUACGGACGCGUAAACUUUUAGAAGACAUCCUGAGGAAACGGCUUUCCUCUCUUGAUACCCUUGAGUCAACUUUAAUAAGGGUUGAGACCGCUGCCGGAGAUGUCGAGAUCAUGAAAUCAUACGAGUCUUCAACAGCCACUCUCCGGGCUAUUCUCUCUCACCAAUCUCUUCAGCGUGAGAAGAUCGACGAGACGAUGGACGCCAUGAUGUCUGCCCAUGCUGAUGCACGGGAGAUCGACGAAGUCAUCAGAAUGGGUGCGGACAUGGCUCAAGCUGAAGCUGGCAUUGAGGACUCAGAGCUGGCUGACGAGCUCCAAGCUUUGGUACAAGAGGCCGAAGCCAAGGAGAAGGCAGAGGAGGAGCGACGGAAGAUGGAACGAUUGCACGAGCAAGAGUUGCGUGUACCAUCUCAUGCGCCUGGUGCUUCAGAAGAGGCCUGGACAGACCAUGAGAUGGACGAGGAGUUCCGGCAGGUAAGGACGGAUGCUGAGAAGGUUGCUUCAUAAUUGCAUUCCCAGGACUUUCCCAUUACCGCAAGUACUGUAGUUGAUACCAUUCCAUGGACUGUGUGUACGUCGGUACAUACUAUGAUACACCGAGACUGUGCUAGAGUUACAAACCAAGUCUGAAAGUGAGAAACGUUAUUAUACAAUGUGCGUAGUCUGUGUUGAUGUC